AAUAAUAAUAAUUUAUUAUUAUUAUUAUUAUUAUUCUCUCACCAAAAUAUAUAAUACAUAUAUAUUUAUUUAACCCAUUAUUCUUUCUUAAUUAAAUAUAUCAUAUUUUCUCGACCAAUCAAAUCAACCAUCUCUCUCCCCAUGGAUUAUCUUAUUUUCCGAACAAUGAUAAUUAUAUUCCAUCAUAUAAUUAACUUUACUUUUUCAUAAUUGUCAAAAAUAGCAAAUUUGACAAAAUAUUUACGAGCUAUAGCAAAAUUUCAUAUUCUAUCGAUAACAAACAUUUAAAAAUGCCCCUUAAUUAUUUAUACAAAACCAAAUAAUUAAUAUCAUAUUCCACAAUAUCCAAAUUCUUAAUUAAAUAUAUAUACACUUUAAUUAAUUCCAUACCACCAAAACCAACUUUUCCUUCCAAGAUUCUAAAUUAACUCAAAUCCUCGGUUCUUUUACUUAACCAAAUCUACUCCAAUAAAUCAGUUAUUUAAAAGUAUCAUAAAUUCCAACUUGAAUUAUCUUCUCGCACAAUGCACACUUCCCUUUCACCUCUCCUGCUCUCCCUUGCGCGUCUCCUCCAGCGUCUUAGCUCUCCGUUGUCUCCUUCGUCGUCUCCGAAGUCUCUUCCUUUGUCUCAACUUUGUCCAUCUUCUCUAGCAUCUCAGAUCCAACUUAGACCUAGUUUGUUUCGUCUGUCUCCUUCGACAUCUCAGAUCCAACCCGAGAUGUGUCUAUUUGUCACCUCUAGAGGUCGAUCUCAUAUAUCAAUCCCUCCUCCAUCUCCAAUCUCUGACUCUUCUUUGUCUCUGAGACCUGUCCGUUCGUCUCCUUUGCAGGCCGAUCUCCUAUCUCCAAUCUCCUCCGCAGCAAUGCAGGGAAGAUCGAGGAACCUGAGUGAAGAUGAAAACAUCUAAGAGUAAACGUUCUUUUCUCGCUCAUUCCCUUCUAAUUUUUGUUUUAUGACUUUGUUAAGUGAAUUAUCUCUCACUACUUGUUUGUUUUUGCUGGAACUUUCGUUUUCUAAAUCUUGGUAUUUACAUGUUUUAUGAGGCAGAAUCCCUCCCUCUCCCAAUGUAUUCUUAUGAUUUUGAAUACUUUGUUUGGUUAGAACAUACACUAAAAGUAUAUGGAGGGAACUAGAUACUUAUAUUUUGAUACUAGAAAUAAAUUGAAUGAUUCAUUUAUAUUUUA